AUGCUGGCUGUCUCGAGAAGAGCAGCCGCUCUGGCUCUGCGAGCUCCAGCAAAGCCGACAACCCGUACCGUCCCCCUCCAGUCCCUCGCCCUCAUCUCGACGUCAUCCAAAAACGAUGCUACGUCGGUAACACCCCACGCAUCGACCGGUGUCGCGCCCCGUGAGCGCAGAGAAGUCCUGUUGCCUAGCCAAGAACCCAAGAAGGGUUUUAUGCAAUAUGCCUUGACCACCCUCGACCAGAUCACCAACUGGGCGCGGCAGGGUUCCUUCUGGCCCAUGACCUUCGGAUUGGCGUGCUGCGCCGUCGAGAUGAUGCACCUGUCGGCGCCGCGAUACGACCAGGACAGGUUGGGCAUCAUCUUCCGCGCGUCGCCGCGGCAGUCGGAUGUGAUGAUCGUCGCGGGCACGCUGACGAACAAGAUGGCGCCAGCCCUGCGCCAGGUCUACGACCAGAUGCCGGAGCCGCGCUGGGUCAUCAGCAUGGGCAGCUGCGCCAACGGCGGCGGCUACUACCACUACAGCUACAGCGUCGUCCGCGGCUGCGACCGCGUCGUCCCCGUCGACGUCUACGUCCCCGGCUGCCCCCCGACCAGCGAGGCCCUCAUGUACGGCAUCUUCCAGCUCCAGCGCAAGAUGCGGCAGACCAGGAUCACGAGGAUGUGGUACAGGAAGUAA